CUGGAAAAUAGUUAUCUAUAAAGGGAGGCGGGAAAAGGAAGGGGCAAAGUUUUCCCCAAAUAAGGAGGAACUAUAAAUAGGAACUGAGAAACUAUUAAAUCCCCAAAUCGAUUCUCCACGUUUGAACCAUGGAGCAGACAACACCACCACCGCCACCGCCACCCAACCCUCAACCAUCAGAAACGCAACCGCAGCCCUCGCCGCCGGUUCCUUCGCCUCCGGCCACCACCAGCACCUCCGCCGAUGUCCCGUCCCCCGCCCUUCCUCCGAAUCCCAGCGCAAUGCCGCUUGCUCCGGCAUCAACUUCUCCUCUGCCGUCGUCCCUCCCCUAUCCAUCUCAGAACCCUAAUACGCCGACGCCCGCCACCGCUCUUUCGCAAGGAACUUCUCCCCAAGUAAGGCCGACGCCGUACAAUAGACCUUGGCCGCCGCAGCAGCAACAACAACCGGCUCCUUCUUCCCAAUUCUCUCACUUCCCUGUGCAUCCUGCACCUCAUUCUUCCUCAGCCGCUGGCAAUCCUACCUCGCCGUCCAUGGGUUUGUUACCCCCGGCACAAAGGGGUGGAAUGGCUCUUGGGGUUCCCGCCGCCGCGCACCACCCAGGCGCUCCUAGUCCUGCACCGCCUUCUUCUUUUCCGUCACAUAAUCCACAGUCUUUUGGGCAGCCCUACGGUGGGAUGGGGCGUGGUUUACCUGAUUCUGGGCAAACUUCAAGCUCACCCCAGGUAAGACCAAUGAUGGGAGCAUUGGGUUCAAGCUCGGUAAUGCGUCCACCAGCGGCAGGUACCCCUCAUCAGUUAAGGCCUGUCCAAUCCUCGCCUAGACCACAAUCCACUCCUAAUCUCCAACCACCUACCGCUACCGCACAGGGUUUUCCAAGUCAUGGGAUGUUAAGAGGUCCGGCCGUAGGAUCUCCAGGAGCACCUUCACCUAGUAGUUCACAAAAUUUGCAGACUCACAAUCAACCAUGGUUAAGUGCAAGCUCACAGGUGAGCCAACAAGUAAAACCACCUUUGCCACCAUCUCAUAAGCCCCAGGUUAGCGCACAGUCCAUGCAGCAGAGAUCUCAUAUACCUCCACAGCAUCACGCUACUGUGAGUACAGUGUCUCAGCAACAGCAAGUUUCACAGGCUCAACAAUCUCAACAACCUUCGACUUCUGGGACUCAGGAGCAUCAUGGACAGCCAUUUUCACAACCUAGGAUCCAGCAUUCUGUACCUAACCAACAACAGGUUGCUAGAAGUCCGAGUUUAGGAACUCAAAGAGCACCUCAAGCAACAAUCCCUACCUCUGCUGCACAGUCUAGUAUCCCCGUUAGAUCAUCUAAUGCCGAACCUGAGGAACCCUGUAACAGGAUUUUGAGAAAGAGAAGCAUCCAAGAGCUUGUAACCCAAGUUGACCCAUUUGAGAAGUUAGAUCCUGAUGUCGAAGAUAUUCUUGUAGAUAUAGCAGAGGACUUUAUUGAGUCGAUUACAUCAUUCGGAUGUUCACUGGCAAAGCAUCGCAAGUCCACAACAUUGGAAGCAAAGGACAUUCUUCUGCAUCUUGAAAGAAACUGGAACAUGACUCUUCCAGGAUUUAGUGGAGAUGAGAUAAAGACAUACAAAAAACCGGUAAAACUUUCUAAAUCCUCUUUAUGUAGGAGGCCUAUCGUCUAGACGAUUAUGAAGCAGAAAUUUGAUACUCUGGUGAUGAUUUUAGAGAACUUGUGUGAUGAUGAUAUUUCUUCUCUAACUCUAAUGAUUCUUUCCUCUUAUGGUUUUGCAGUUCAUCAGUGAUAUCCACAAAGAGCGACUUGCAGUGGUAGGCAUUGCUUCAUUUUGUUCUUUUGGGCGUUAAUCAUUCCUCCAUAAUUAUUGUUGAUGAAUACAAUCUUGGGGAAUGUUUCCUUUCUUAGUUUUCUGUGAAUGGGUAACCGGUGUAGGAAAGGAUUGGUUCUUUUCGAUCUCUUUUCUGUUUCAAUGGAUUUUGUGUCAUGUUAAGAAAUGUUCCUGACUCUGACAGAUAAAGAAGUCGAUUCUUGCUGGUGAGACGGUAAAUUCAAAGAGUGUGGCUGGACAAGCUGGUGGAAAUCCUAAGAGUCAUGCAGCCAAAGGGGGGCCUAGUAGCUUAGUGGGUUCCCCUCCACCUAAGGUCCGUGAAGCUGCCUGAUGAGAAUGACGCUGCUUCCUCUUUUUUUUGGUACAGAACUGAGUUUGACUUUGACCUUCUAACUUGCUACUGGUAUUCUACGCUGGAUUAUGUAGUAGUAGUUAUUCACCAUUUGUUGCAUAACAUUGCCCAAAAGGGAGAUGAGGUGGAAAAACCGAAACAAUACAGUAAGCCGGAAAAGCCCAAAGCCGAUUUGUUUACCGGCUAAGAACAGAAAAUAGAAUCAUUUUGACAUGGUCGUUUCUGACGGUUUGCUUUCUUAAUUGUUCUUUAUUUUUCUUCUAAGGGAAACAUUAAUCAAGUAUAUAUUUUUUUUGGUGCAAUAAAAGAAGCG